AAUUGUUUUCAUACCUUCAAAAUUAUGUCUGCUUACAAAACGAUGAGUCUAUGUUCUAUUUCAAAUACGUCGUCUCCUUUUAAUUAGCCCAAUUAAAUAUAUAGGAAACCAAUAUUCCCACGUCGAUUUGGAAUUCUUUGAAGCCAAUGUUCAUUGGUUUAUGUUUGGGUCGGGUGAUUCUGGAAACAUUCCGUCCAUCCAAGUCCUUUUUCGUCAGGUGGGAAGCUUUUCGAAGAAAUAUUUUAGGGCUUUGGUCACAUGCUAGAAUUUUUCAUCAAUCUUCAACUAUGGCAAAAAGCAAAUUUGAGUAUGUAAGGCUUUUUGAAACUGAAGACCGCUGCUUGCCAAAUUCCUGGAUUGUUGUCCGUGUGGAUGGAAAGGGAUUUCACAAGUUCUCAACGGAACAUGAUUAUGAGAAACCCAAUGACAUGAGAGCUCUAUCUCUCAUGAACAAAGCUGCAACAUCGGUCAUGGAAGAAUUUAAAGACAUAUGUCUGGCAUAUGGACAGAGUGACGAGUACAGCUUUGUCUUCAGGAAGGAGACUCAAGUUUACAGCAGAAGAAGUGCCAAAUUAUCUACAAAUGUGUGCAGCCUCUUUACUUCUGCUUUUGUUUAUUACUGGAGUGAACACUUUCCCUCUAGCAAACCGCUUUAUCCACCUGUGUUUGACGGUCGAACUGUGCUUUAUCCAUCUAAUCAGAAUAUCAGAGAUUAUCUCAGUUGGAGACAGGCAGAUUGCCACAUAAAUAAUCUUUACAACACGACAUUCUGGGCCUUAAUACUCAAGGCAGGUCUCACCGCGGUAGAGGCCGAACAGAAGCUGAAAGGGACACUUUCAGGAGAUAAAAAUGAAAUCCUUUUUUCUCAGUUCUCUAUAAAUUACAACAAGGAGCCAGAAAUGCUCCGUAAAGGAACGAUUCUCGUUCGUCGGAAAGUUCCAGUUGCUCUACCUGAUGGAAGUGGAACACGAGAAAAAUCUCAAAUCGUCCAGCUGCACACAGAUGUUAUUGGUGACGAAUUUUGGAACGAAAAUAAUCAUCUGUUGACCAUUUCCUAAAUGUGUUAGUGUUAAUACAACAAAUUUGAAUUAA